CAGAGACUGCGCAGUAGACGCAGCGACCUUAGCGACCGGAGUGCGUGUGCGAGGGUGAAAGAGAGCUGGCUGUGCACGAAGCCAUGGAUUCCUCAAGCCACAGUCUGCUACUGCUACAGCAGCUGAAUAUGCAGCGGGAGUUUGGCUUCCUCUGUGACUGCACAGUUGCUAUUGGGGACGUGUAUUUUAAAGCUCAUAGACCAGUGCUUGCUGCUUUUUCAAACUAUUUCAAGAUGAUAUUCAUCCAUCAGUCCAGUGAAUGUAUAAAAAUCCAGCCAGCCGAUAUUCAGCCUGACGUAUUCAGCUAUCUCUUGCAUGUCAUGUACACCGGGAAAAGCCCAAAGCAAUCUGUAGAUCAUAUCAGACUAGAGGAUGGAAUUCGAUUUCUUCAUGCAAACAUCCUUUCCAAUUCUUCCCAUGAGACUUCCCAAGUUUUGGCAUCUGAAAUCAUCCACUCUAACUUAUAUGGAAUUCAGAUCUCUACGGCGCACAGCACACCAAAGGAAACUGUUAAUGUAACGGACAAAGCAUCAAACACAGUGAGGUCAAGCGCACAAGGAGAACACCCCCACCUACAGCUGUCUCUUGCUAUUGGUCUGGAAGACGUGGACCAACAACAGCAAAGGGCGCACUUUCAUGAACAGGGAGGUGCACCUGGGAAGGCCAUGGAAGAGAUUCAUCAUAAUAUAAAGCAGGAAAUGUGUGAAUCAGAAGCAGUGAGAUCACCCCAUGGGUCUUUGCCAUCUUCAGAAGAUACUGAGGUUGCGUUUCCGAAGACUGGCAGUAGGAUGCAUUCAUGCCAUUACUGUGGUGAAUGUUUUGAAUCUCGGAUUCAUUUAAAGGAACACCUACACAUCCACGUAUCUCAGGCUCUCCCGUUUGGUGUACCGGCUUCCAUUCUAGAAAGCGAUGACCUUGGAGAGGUGCGCCCCAUACUUGAAAACAUAGAAAACAUGGAGGGCUACCGGCUUAGUAACUGCCUGCUGAACCGUAGUGAGGAACCACCACAGCACGCCAGUCGCCAGGAGCAACUGCAGCUCAGUCAGGUGUCUUUUUUAUCAAAGGACUCUGAUCCUAUAGAGUUAAACUGCAACUUCUCAUUUUUAAGAAAAAGGAAACUGAGCUGCACAUUGUGUGGACAUUCGUUUGUCAGGAGAAACCAGCUGUUGGAUCAUAUGUACUCACACAAACUGAGCCGAUCCCAUAAACCGGGCGAUCAGGCUGAGCAGACAGUAUCAGCAUAUUGCAGCAGUUUGGUCGAGAACUCUCAGAAAUGCUCAGACACAUCACAGUUGUACUCUGGGGAAUGGGACCCUCCGCAAGAAGCUGUAGAAGCAGUUUUAGUAGAAUAGUAGUUUGUGAAUGUGUAUUGUUUGUAUGAUAUAUUUUGUUUAUUUGUGUGUGAUUGUGUAAAUGUAUGUGUGUGUGAUUGUGUGUAUGUGUGUAUUUAUAUGUGUACGUAUGUGUGAUUGUGUGAAUUUACUGUGUGUAUGUAUGUGUGUGUGAUUGUGUAUAUGUAUGUGUGUAUUUAUAUGUGUACAUAUGUGUGAUUGUGUAAAUGUACUGUAUGUGUGUGUGAUUGUGUGUGUGUAUAUCUGCACGUAUGUGUGAUUGUGUAUAUGUGUGUAUUUAUAUGUGUACGUGUGUGUGAUUGUGUAAAUGUACUGUAUGUGUGUGGGUGAUUGUGUGUGUGCAUUUGUACGUGUGUAUAUCUGCACGUAUGUGUGAUUGUGUGUGUGUGUAUAUCUGCACGUAUGUGUGAUUGUGUGUAUGUGUGUAUUUAUAUGUGUACGUAUGUGUGAUUGUGUAAAUUUACUGUGUGUAUGUAUGUGUGUGUGAUUGUGUAUAUGUAUGUGUGUAUUUAUAUGUGUACAUAUGUGUGAUUGUGUAAAUGUACGGUAUGUGUGUGUGAUUGUGUGUGUGUGUAUAUCUGCACGUAUGUGUGAUUGUGUAUAUGUGUGUAUUUAUAUGUGUACGUAUGUGUGAUUGUGUAAAUGUACUGUAUGUGUGAGUGUGAUUGUGUGUGUGCAUUUGUACGUGUGUAUAUCUGCACGUAUGUGUGAUUGUGUGUGUGUGUAUAUCUGCACGUAUGUGUGAUUGUGUGUAUUUAUAUGUGUACGUAUGUGUGAUUGUGUAAAUGUACUGUUUGUGUGUGUGUGUAUAUCUGCACGUAUGUGUGAUUGUGUGUGUGUGUAUAUCUGCACGUAUGUGUGAUUGUGUGUAUGUGUGUAUUUAUAUGUGUACGUAUGUGUGAUUGUGUAAAUUUACUGUGUGUAUGUAUGUGUGUGUGAUUGUGUAUAUGUAUGUGUGUAUUUAUAUGUGUACAUAUGUGUGAUUGUGUAAAUGUACUGUAUGUUUGUGUGCAUUUGUACGUGUGUAUAUCUGCACGUAUGUGUGAUUGUGUAUAUGUGUGUAUUUAUAUGUGUACGUAUGUGUGAUUGUGUAAAUGUACUGUAUGUGUGAGUGUGAUUGUGUGUGUGCAUUUGUACGUGUGUAUAUCUGCACGUAUGUGUGAUUGUGUGUGUGUGUAUAUCUGCACGUAUGUGUGAUUGUGUGUAUUUAUAUGUGUACGUAUGUGUGAUUGUGUAAAUGUACUGUUUGUGUGUGUGUGUAUAUCUGCACGUAUGUGUGAUUGUGUGUAUUUAUAUGUGUACGUAUGUGUGAUUGUGUAAAUGUACUGUUUGUGUGUGUGUGUAUAUAUUUGUACGUGUGUAUAUCUGCACGUAUGUGUGAUUGUGUGUAUUUAUAUGUGUACGUGUGUGUGAUUGUGUAAAUGUACUGUAUGUGUGUAUAUAUAUAUUUGUACGUGUGUAUAUCUGCACGUAUGUGUGAUUGUGUGUAUUUAUAUGUGUACGUGUGUGUGAUUGUGUAAAUGUACUGUAUGUGUGUAUAUAUAUAUUUGUACGUGUGUAUAUCUGCACGUAUGUGUGAUUGUGUGUAUUUAUAUGUGUACGUAUGUGUGAUUGUGUAAAUGUACUGUAUGUGUGUGUGAUUGUGUGUGUGUGUGUAUAUCUGCACGUAUGUGUGAUUGUGUGUAUGUGUGUAUUUAUAUGUGUACGUGUGUGUGAUUGUGUAAAUGUACUGUAUGUGUGUAUAUAUAUAUUUGUACGUGUGUAUAUCUGCACGUAUGUGUGAUUGUGUGUAUUUAUAUGUGUACGUAUGUGUGAUUGUGUAAAUGUACUGUAUGUGUGUGUGAUUGUGUGUGUGUGUGUAUAUCUGCACGUAUGUGUGAUUGUGUGUAUGUGUGUAUUUAUAUGUGUACGUGUGUGUGAUUGUGUAAAUGUACUGUGUGUGGGUGUGCAUUUGUACGUGUGUAUAUCUGCACAUAUGUGUGAUUGUGUGUAUUUAUAUGUGUGUGUGAUUGUGUAAAUGUACUGUAUGUGUGUGAUUGUGUGUGUAUAUUUGUACGUAUGUGUGAUUGUGUAUAUUUAUAUGUGUGAUGGUGUAAAUGUACUGUAUGUGUGUGUGUGUGUAUAUUUUUACAUAUUUGUAUGUUUUUUAUAUGUGUACAUAUGUAUGUGUGAUUUGGUAAAUGUACUGUAUGUGUGUAUGUAUAGGUUUACAUAUGUGUAUGUGUGAUUGUGUGUGUGUAUAUAUAUAUAUAUGUGUGUGUAUGAAUGUGUGAUUGUGUAUAUGGGUGUGUAUAUGAUUGUGUGUGUGUAUAUUUUUAUAUAUUUGUAUGUGUGAUUGUGUGUGUAUAUAUGUAUGUGUGUAUAUCUGCACGUAUGUAUGUGUGUGAUUGUGUAAAUGUAUGUGUGUAUUUGUAGUUUUACAUAUGUGUAUGUGUGAUUGUGUGUAUGUAUGCGUGAUUGUGUUUGUGUGGUUUUUUAUAUGUGUACAUAUGUAUGUGUGAUUUGGUAAAUGUACUGUAUGUGUGUAUGUAUAGGUUUACAUAUGUGUAUGUGUGAUUGUGUGUGUGUGUGUAUAUAUAUAUAUAUAUAUAUAUGUGUGUGUAUGAAUGUGUGAUUGUGUAUAUGGGUGUGUAUAUGAUUGUGUGUGUGUAUAUGAAUGUAUGAUUGUGUGUGUGUAUAUGAAUGUGUGAUUGUGUAUAUGUGUGUGUGUAUAUGAAUGUGUGAUUGUGUAUAUGUGUGUGUAUAUGAUUGUGUGUGUGUGUAUAUGAAUGUGUGAUUGUGUAUAUGUGUGUGUGUAUAUGAAUGUGUGAUUGUGUAUAUGUGUGUAUGAAUGUGUGAUUGUGUAUAUGUGUGUGUAUAUGAAUGUGUGAUUGUGUAUAUGUUUGUAUGAAUGUGUGAUUGUCUAUAUGUGUGUGUAUAUGAAUGUGUGAUUGUGUAUAUGUGUGUGUGUGUAUGAAUGUGUGAUUGUGUAUAUGUGGGUAUAUAUGAAUGUGUAUAUGUGUGUGUAUAUGAAUGUGUGAUUGUGUAUAUGUUUGUAUGAAUGUGUGAUUGUCUAUAUGUGUGUGUAUAUGAAUGUGUGAUUGUGUAUAUGUUUGUAUGAAUGUGUGAUUGUCUAUAUGUGUGUGUAUAUGAAUGUGUGAUUGUGUAUAUGUUUGUAUGAAUGUGUGAUUGUCUAUAUGUGUGUGUAUAUGAAUGUGUGAUUGUGUAUAUGUUUGUAUGAAUGUGUGAUUGUCUAUAUGUGUGUGUAUAUGAAUGUGUGAUUGUGUGUGUGUGUGUGUAUAUGAAUGUGUGAUUGUGUAUAUGGGUGUGUAUAUGAUUGUGUGUGUGUAUAUGAAUGUAUGAUUGUGUGUGUGUGUGUGUGUAUAUGAAUGUGUGAUUGUGUAUAUGGGUGUGUAUAUGAUUGUGUGUGUGUAUAUGAAUGUGUGAUUGUGUAUAUGUGUGUGUGUGUAUGAAUGUGUGAUUGUGUAUAUGUGUGUGUAUGAAUGUGUGAUUGUGUAUAUGUGGGUAUAUAUGAAUGUGUAUAUGUGUGUGUAUAUGAAUGUGUGAUUGUGUAUAUGUGUGUAUGAAUGUGUUAUUGUGUAUAUGUGUGUGUAUAUGAAUGUGUGAUUGUGUAUAUGUGUGUGUAUAUGAAUGUGUGAUUGUGUAUAUGUGUGUGUAUAUGAAUGUGUGAUUGUGUAUAUGUGUGUGUAUGAAUGUGUGAUUGUGUAUAUGUGUGUGUAUAUGAAUGUGUGAUUGUGUAUAUGUGUGUAUGAAUGUGUGAUUGUGUAUAUGUGUGUAUGAAUGUGUGAUUGUGUAUAUGUGUGUGUAUAUGAAUGUGUGAUUGUGUAUAUGUGUGUGUAUAUGAAUGUGUGAUUGUGUAUAUGAAUGUGUGAUUGUGUAUAUGUUUGUAUGAAUGUGUGAUUGUGUAUAUGUGUGUGUAUAUGAAUGUGUGAUUGUGUAUGUGUGUGUGUAUAUGUGUGUGUGUAUAUGAAUGUGUGAUUGUGUAUAUGUGUGUGUAUAUGAAUGUGUGAUUGUGUAUAUGUUUGUAUGAAUGUGUGAUUGUGUAUAUGUUUGUAUGAAUGUGUGAUUGUGUAUAUGUUUGUAUGAAUGUGUGAUUGUGUAUAUGUGUGUGUAUAUGAAUGUGUGAUUGUGUAUAUGUUUGUAUGAAUGUGUGAUUGUGUAUAUGUGUGUGUAUAUGAAUGUGUGAUUGUGUAUAUAUGUGUGUAUAUGAAUGUGUGAUUGUGUAUAUGUUUGUAUGAAUGUGUGAUUGUGUAUAUGUGUGUGUAUAUGAAUGUGUGAUUGUGUUUAUGUGGGUAUAUAUGAAUGUGUGAUUGUGUUUAUGUGGGUAUAUAUGAAUGUGUAUAUGUGUGUGUAUAUGAAUGUGUAUAUGUGUGUGUGUAUGAAUGUGUGAUUGUGUAUAUGUGUGUGUAUAUGAAUGUGUGAUUGUGUAUAUGUUUGUAUGAAUGUGUGAUUGUGUAUAUGUUUGUAUGAAUGUGUGAUUGUGUAUAUGUGUGUGUAUAUGAAUGUGUGAUUGUGUAUAUGUGUGUGUAUAUGAAUGUGUGAUUGUGUAUAUGUGUGUGUAUAUGAAUGUGUGAUUGUGUUUAUGUGGGUAUAUAUGAAUGUGUGAUUGUGUAUAUGUGUGUGUAUAUGAAUGUGUGAUUGUGUAUAUGUUUGUAUGAAUGUGUGAUUGUGUAUAUGUGUGUAUAUGAAUGUGUGAUUGUGUAUAUGUGUGUGUAUAUGAAUGUGUGAUUGUGUAUAUGUGUGUGUAUAUGAAUGUGUGAUUGUGUUUAUGUGGGUAUAUAUGAAUGUGUAUAUGUGUGUGUGUGUAUAUGAAUGUGUGAUUGUGUAUAUGUGUGUGUGUGUAUGAAUGUGUGAUUGUGUAUAUGUGUGUAUGAAUGUGUGAUUGUGUAUAUGUGUAUAUGAAUGUGUGAUUGUGUUUAUGUGUGUGUGUGUAUGAAUGUGUGAUUGUGUAUAUGUGUGUGUGUGUAUGAAUGUGUGAUUGUGUAUAUGUGUGUAUGAAUGUGUGAUUGUGUAUAUGAAUGUGUGAUUGUGUUUAUGGGGUCUAUUUAACAAAGGUCUGUCGGACCUUACCCAACAGUGCGGAUCAGGUCCGACAGACAUCGCUGAAUGCGGAGAGCAAUACGCUCUCCGUAUUCAGCAUUGCACAAGCAGAUUUGCGGCCAAUUGGCCGCCAGCAGGGGGUGUCAAUCAACCUGAUCAUACUCGAUCGGGUUGAAUUGCGGCGAUGUCUGUCUGCCUGCUCAGAGCAGGCGGACAGGUAACUGGUGUUUCCAGAGAGCCUGCAGGCUCGCCAGAAACACGGGCUCCGGAGCUUGAUAAAUGGGCCCCUAUGUGUGUGUAUGAAUGUGUGAUUGUUUGUGUGUGUAUAUGAAUGUGUGUAUUUAUAGGUUUACAUUUGUGUAUGUGUGAUUGUGUGUAUAUGAAUGUGUGAUUGUGUGUGUGUGUGUGUGUGUGUAUGUAUGUGUGAUUGUGUGUGUGUGUAUAUGAAUGUGUGAUUGUGUGUGUGUGUGUGUAUGUAUGUGUGAUUGUGUGUGUGUAUGUAUGUGUGAUUGUGUGUAUGUAUUUGUGUAUGUUAAUAAACAAUAUGCAAAGUGAGUAAAUAGAAGAAAAAUCGAAUUACCGCGAAUAUCAAAGUGUAAAAUUACAGUGUAUCCAAUUAUAAAAACAAUGUGACUAUAAAGAAAAACUAAAAUUAGUGUACAAUGUGCAUAUAAAUAAAACAUUUUUUAAAGGA